CUGCAGUAACAUGACCCUGUGUGUGUGUGUGUGUGUGUGUGUGUGUCCCUCAGGUGAUGACCCCGGAUAGAUCAUGUCUGAGGUUCAGGGCACUAUCGAGUUUGCGGUGGAGUUACACAAGUUCUACAAUGUGGACCUGUUCCAGCGAGGGUUUUACCAGAUUCGAGCCUCGUUGAAGAUCCCGCCCCGUAUCCCUCACAGAGUGACAGCAGCCCUGACAGGGGAAGGUGGCCCUGGCUCCGCCUGUGUCCAGGACGGCUCGGUGCACAGCCAGACCUUCCAGAUCCUCUACCGCAACGAGGAGGUGCCCAUCAACACCCCCUGUCUCUUCCGUGUCCAUCUCCUGCUGGACGGGGACAGAGUGGAGGAGGCCUUGAACGAGGUGAACUUUGAGCUGAAGCUCGACUUGCACUUCACCGAAUCCGAGCCUCAGCUGAACGAAGUGACCGGCGUCCCCCUGAUCAGCAGUCGCCGGCUCAGCCUUCACUUCCACCCCCGGCGAGGGCUACACCAUCACGUACCCGCCAUGUUUGACUACUUCCACCUCUCCGUGAUCUCCGUCACCGUCCACGCUGCCCUGGUCGCUCUGCACCAGCCUCUGAUCAGCUUCCCGCGGUUGGGGAAGGGGUCCUCCUGGCUGGGGAAGAGCGGUCAGGAGAUGGAGGUCGAGGCGUCUCACCAGCCACUGUCCCUCGAAAACCUGGUGUUCGGCUCCGGUUACUACAAACAGCUGACAGUCGAGGGCAGCCUGGUGAGCAGUGAGUGCUGCGUGCAACACGCCAGCCGAUGGCACCAGAAGCUGUGCCACGCACUGCUGUCCGCCUACAGAGGGCUUCUCUCCUACUACGCGGCCAUCCUGCAACACGUCCCAGCGCUGCAGCACGUCUCCCUGGAAGCCGGUAGCGUGGAGGAGACGCUCGGCGUGUUGUGCGCUAACCUGCAGGGGCUGAGCAGCCCGGAGAAGAUGGCGGAGCAGAUCAGCAGGGACCUGGAGCAGCUCUGCUCCUACCUCACCACCCUCUGGACCCGGUUCCUGGAGAGCGUGACCCUGCAGCCCGAAGUGACGGCCUUCCUGAGCCAAGAACACCACACGCUCCGGGUGAAGAGAUUCUCGGAGGCUUUUUUCUACAUGGAACACGAGAAGGAAACCGCUCUCACUUUCCAGGAACAGCUACUCCAGAGCCACCAUCAGAUAGCGGGGGCUGUGCGGAGCUCUGCGUACCUCACCAGCAUGCCCCCGCUGCCCGCCGAGUGCCUGCAGAUCGACGGAGACUGGAGCACCCUCCCCAUCAUCUUCGAGGAUCGCUACGUGGAGCCUCUCAGCAGACGUAACGAACCCACUGAGAUACUCACGGAGCGGAGCUGCGGGCGGGAGCCGGCGUCCAGCGAGAGCCUGAGCCCAGCGCUGGACAUGGAGCCGAGUGAGAGCCUGAGCCCUGGGCUGGAGAUGGCGUCUGGUCAGACUGUGAGGCCGGAGCCCAUUGACGUGGUGAUGGUGAAGCUGUGCGGGCAGGAGAGGGAGGGGGAGGGGGAGGGGGACUCGCUGCUGCCCCUGAGCGCAGCCCAAACCCAAGCCCCGGAGGACGAGGAGGACGAGGAGCAGACGGUUACCGUGGAGGCCGAGUGCGGCCAAGUGGAGCUGAUCCCCUGCGGGAACCAGAGGCUGGACGUGGGCCGAGGCCCAGGGGGCCCCUCGGAGCCCUCACGGGGGGCAGACGUGGGGGAGCCACCCCACGUCUCGGGGCUGACGUUCAUCGAGGUCAAGCCCAGCAGCACAGACCCCUACCGGGGGGAGGCUGUGCUGUUGGUGGGCAGGGGCGAGGGAGGGGGCGAGAGCGAGGGAGGGGGAGGGGGCCGAGGGCCCGGCUGGCCCUGGGGCUGGGGGGACAGCGGGGAGACGGCCCGGAGCGAGGGGGAGGAGGAGGAGAGGGAAGGGGGUCUGAUUAAACGCUCCCAGUCGCUGAUGUCGGACUCUGGGAUCGGCAGUGAGUUGGGGUCCAGGGGCCUCGCGUCCCAGCACCAGGUCCAGCACCAGACCCGGGGCCGGAGUGGGCUCAGCAGCCAGGGCGGGGGCUCGUCGGGGGGCUUCAGCCAGACCGACGGGGGCAGCAGCCUGCCGGCGGUCCAGGCCUCUCUCACCUCCAUCAGCUCACUGCCCUUCGAGGGCGAAGAGGAGGAAGAGGAGGGGGGGUUGGGGGAGGUGGAGAAAGGGGAGGGGGAACUGGGGCAUCUCCUGACCAAAUCUGCCUCCGCCCCACACAUCAGCAGCUCCGAGCGAGAGGGAGAGGAAGAGGGAGAGCGCGAGGGGCAUCGAGAGGCAGAGAGUGAGGGCAAGGAGGAGACUGAGGGCUCCUCAUUGAGGUGCUCACCACCUCGAGAGGCCUUGGAUCUAGACCGGGCACCGGGGGGCUUGUCGCUAGCCGGGCGUCCGGCUUUGCCAGUCACAGGUCAUCAAGACGGACAACAGUGCCACGAGCAGCCCCCGGGAGGAGGUCUCGCGGCCCACCACCCGCCCUCAGUUUCGGCGAACAGCCUGGUGACUGGGCGGGGGUUGCAGGCAGCCGUUGGUGAGCUACCGCCAGCCUCCGAGGGACAUCAGGCCUCGGAGGGAGGUGGGCCAGACGGGCACAGGUUUUGCCAGGAGGAGGCAGGAGCGGGGAGGCGGUGGGACGAGCAGGGCAAGGCAGGGGUGACCCGGGCCGUGGGCGAGGGCAAAGCCCCGGGGACUGGAGCCACCGCCACGACCGGUGAGAAGAGGAAUGUGGUGGAGGUGGUGAACCUGUCGGUGUCCUGUGCCGCCACCUGCCUGCCCUUCUCCUCCAUGCUCCGGGACUCGCCCCGCAACGCCAACAACGCCGCCUCCUCCUCCUUCGCCGCCCGGCACCUCUCCUCGCCCGUCACCAGGCAACCCGUGGGCUCCUUCGGCAUCGCCAACGCCGACUGCCAGGCUGGCGACGAGGACACCAACGAGAGGAUGGUCAGUUUUUUCCAGGCUAAAGAGGAGCUGAUGGCGGAGCUGCGUUUGGGGGGGUCUCUGUACAGUGACCUGCCCGUCCUGGCCUCCCACACCCCCUACUUUACCCCGGAGGAGGAGGAGGACACCGGCGAACCCAUCCAUCUGGUGGUGUGCGUGCACGGGCUGGACGGGAACAACGCUGACCUGAGGCUCGUCAAGACCUUCAUCGAGCUGGGCCUCCCCAGCGCGAAGCUGGACUUCUUAAUGUCAGAGCGGAAUCAGAGUGACACCUUCGCCGAUUUUGACGCCAUGACGGAUCGCCUCUUGGACGAGAUUAUUCAGCACAUUCACCUCUACAACCUGACCGUCUCCCGAAUCAGUUUUAUCGGUCACUCUCUGGGGAAUAUCAUCAUUCGCUCGCUGUUGACCCGGCCUCGGUUCCGCUGUUACCUGCGGAAGCUUCACACCUUCCUGUCGCUGUCCGGCCCUCACCUGGGCACUCUCUACAACAACAGUGCCCUGGUCAGCACAGGUCUGUGGCUGAUGCAGAAGCUGAAGAAGUCGGGAUCGCUGCUUCAACUCACCUUCCGAGACCAGCCCGACCCCCGCAAAACCUUCCUCUACAAACUCAGCGAGAAGCCAGGUGCUGGUCAACGGCUAACACCGUGUGUGAGGGAGAGAGAGAGAGAGAGAGAGAUGUACAGUGAAUUGUGUCUCAACAUAUAA